GUUUUGUGCGCCGUGCGGGCUCAUUUUCUUCUCCGCGACAGCGGUUGAAAUAAACCGGUAAUCGUUGAUCGUAGUGCUGUAAAAGCCGGUGUCCGUCGGUGCGGUCUCCGUUAACGCAGCAGCGCCGUCAGUAAAGAGCUCCGGGUCGGCCAGGUGAAUGAGAAUGUGUGCUUGUUAGCGGCUAGCUGUUAGCUAAGCUUCGGGGAGGCUAACGUUGUUGCCGUAAAGAGCUCGAGAGUCCCGCCGCAUCGUGUCGAUGCUAAUCAGCAACGGGCGCUUAUUAAAGUCGCCAAGCUCAUCAGUUCAUGUGUUUAUAAUGUUAGUGGGAGUUUGUGGUUCGGUUCGGACUGUUUGUGCUCAGUUAGCCCGCUCAAAGCGCGUCGCCGGGUUCUGGGCCUAGUUGUCAGCUAGCGCGACCUGCUGUUAACCUUGUGUUUCCCAUCAGAACCUUCUCUGAUGGAUCCUCCUGAGAGCCCCACACAGUCUCCUCAGUCUCCUGAGGAGGAGGACAGGGCUCUUUCUGACAGCGAGCUGCUGCAGUCUCCUGAUGAAGACGAGGACAGAGUCCUCUCAGACAGCGAGCUGCUCCACGACGAAGAUGAAGCAGCAGAGAGCCACGGGAGAGGCCUGGACUUUGAGGACGAGGUGGUCCCUGACUUUAUCUCUGACCCAGAAGACGAGGAGCCGGUUGCAGAGGGACAGGAGGAGGAGACCAUCGUGCUCAUGGAUGGUGAUGAUGAUGAUGAUGAUGAUGAUGAUGAUGAGGUUCCACAGAGAGCUCACUUGUAUGAGGAAGAGGAUGGAGUUGUUGACACUCCUCUGUCUCCGGACUCGGAGAUAGACCAAGUCAGGCACCUCGACGAGUCUGAAGACGAUGCAGAAGACGUUUACAGGAAGGACGUCUCUGCAGAGCGAGCAGCAGUGGAGGGUCCUGAUGAAGAGGAGGGUCUGAACCAGGUGGAGGACAUGAGGAGAGCUGAAGAGAGACGAGCCGCUGCAGUGAGGGACAUGAAGGACGACUCUGCGUCCGUGUCUCGUGAGCUGGACGAACACGAGCUGGACUAUGAUGAGGAGGUACCUGAAGAGCCCAGCGUCCCUGUGCACGAUGAAGAGGAAGACGAGGAAGACACCAGAGCAGAAGGAGGAGAGGAGGAGGAGCAGCAGGAGAGGGAAGUAAAGAGCAGAAAGGAGAAGAAACCCAUCCUCCCUCCAUCUCCCAGAGAGCCUGAGUCAAAGAGGAGGGACGAGUCCAGGCCUGACAGGCUCCGCAGAGAUUCCUUCAGAGACAAGAAGAAGGAGGAAGAUGAUGGAGAGAUCGAUGAAGGAGAGAUUGAUGAUGAUGACCUGGAGGAGGGGGAGGUCAAAGAUCCUUCAGACAGGAAGAUCAGACCCCGCCCCAUCUGCAGGUUCUUCAUGAAAGGAAACUGUACGUGGGGCAUGAACUGCAGGUUCAUCCACCCUGGCUUCAAUGACAAAGGAAACUAUUCCCUCAUCAGUAAACCAGAUCCUUUCUCACCUAAUGGAGCCCCCCCCGGAGGACCACACCCCCUGAUACCCAACAACCCCUGGGCCGGUCCUGCGGUGGAGGAACUCCCCCCUCCACCUCCGCCGGUGGAACCUCCUGUGGAGAGCGCCUGGGAGCGAGGGCUGAGGCACGCCAAAGAGGUCCUGAAGAAGGCCAACAUCCGUAAGGAGCAGGAGCCCGACUUCGAGGAGAAACGUUUCAACGUGACGAUCGGCGAGGAUGAGAAAGAGUUGGACAAAGAGAACGAGUUCUUCAGAGAACGCAGCUACCGCAUCAUCAGAGACAGGCUGAUGGAACCCCCCUCCAAGAAGGACAUGGGCCCGCUUCUGAGACGACCAGACGAGUGGAAGGACCCGUGGCGCCGGUCCAAAUCUCCACGCAGACGGCCCGGGAUGGGCUCUCCGCCUCGAGGCCGGCGGCGCCAUCGCCCCUCGGGCUCCUCGGUGUCUUUGUCCAACUCCUCCAGGUCUUCAUCACGCUCUUCAUCCUACACGGGGUCUGGGUCGUCUCGUUCUCGCAGCCGCUCCUCCUCGUACUCCUCCUACUCCAGCCACUCCUCCCAGCACAGCUCCUUCAGCGGCAGCCGCUCCAGAUCUCGAUCCUUUUCCUCGUCUCCCUCACCAAGUCCAGCAGCUCCGAAGACCAUCAAGACCAAACCAGAACCUCCACCUGUGUCGGCUAAAGGCGCUCCUCCAAAGCCAGCUCCAGUGCCGCCGCCACGCAGAGACAAGCCGCCACUGAAGAAAGCUCCCAGUCCCCCUGUCCCCAGUGGACCUCAGAACAGGUCCUCCAAACCCACGAUGGAGGGGGGCAAGCCUCCGCCCAAUCCCAGGGAAGUAGGGGGUACAAAUGCCGGACCAGGACCCGGUGGUGCGGGCAGAAUUAUGCCACCACGAGAACCAGGAAGACCCCCGAAUCCUCGAGAGGGCAGGCAGAGGGAGAGGCAGCAGCAUCCUCCUCGCAGGAGAACUGUGAGUGGGAGUGUGAGUGGAAGUGGCAGCAGUUAUACCGGUUCUAGCUCCAGAUCCAGAUCCUCUUCUAACUCCCUUUCACGCUCCGGAUCCAGAAAAUCCAGGAAAUCCAGGUCUCUGAGCGUGAGCAGUGUGUCGUCUGUGUCGUCGGCCUCGUCCAGCAGCAGCUCGGUGCGCAGCGCCGACUCAGACGACAUGUACGCCGACCUGGCCAGCCCGGUUUCAUCAGCCAGCUCCCGCUCACCCACACCAAAUCAGCCGCGCAGAGAGCGAGGGUCUGCACGGGAGCGGUCCCCACAGGGACGGGACAAGAUCAGGGAAAGACCAUCAAAGAAAGAUGAACCAUUCAGGGACGAGCGCAGGAAAAUGGACCAGACUGGGGUCCCCCCCAGAGGAGGAAAUCCUGUUCCCAGGUCAGGACCUGGGACUAGGGGCGGCCACCCAGUACACCCUCGACCCGGUAACAUGGGGCCCCCUGGAAACUACGGAGGUUCAGGUUCCCACAAAGACAUCAAACUCACCCUCCUCAACAAG